UGGAAAAGGGGCGGAGCCGGAUUCAACGACCCAGCCCCUCCUCUCAGGCUUUUCCGGUUGCGUCACUUCCUGUUUGGCGGGUUUUUCGAACCUUCCGCGCUCACCGGGGCCGAGGGCGGGCUCCUGUGGUGCCCGAGUGGCUCGACAUGUCGGCAAGACGGAGCCGGAGUCGCUCCGGGGCUGCGGAGGAGAGGGGCAGCGGAGCGAGGCUCUCGGAUCUCGCGUCCCCGCCCCCGCCUACUCCGGAACCCGUGCUGCGGAGGUCCCUGAGGAAAUCUGUAUCCUCGGCCGAAGCGCCUCCCAAGCUGUCUACUCCAGCCCCCAGAAAAGCCAUCACCCUGAAGAAGAUUGUACCACCCGGAUCUGCCGAGACAUCCACCCCAACCUUCAGGAAAACCAUCACCCUGAAAAAGAUCGUGCCCCAGACCCCUGAGGCUGCCCUCUCUUUAGGCAGAAAGCCCACCACAGGGAAGAAGCACUGGGUGGGGACCCCUGAGGCCACUCCUCCUGCAGCCCAAAGAGCUGCCACCUUAAAGGAGAAUGUGGACCAGACCCCAGAGACCCCCACCUCCAGGGGCAGGAAAUCUGCAGCCAAGAAGAAUGUGGCCCAGACCAGAGAGAUUACACGUUUGGAGAAGGAGAAUUCUCUACAAGAAAGUGCCUCCCACAAUAAAGGCAGCUCUCCUCUUACUCCAGCCCCAGCUCAGGAAGUAACUACCACUGUGCUAGGCCCCCUAAACCCCAAUACCUUCAUCGGACCAGAGUUCAUGGAUGCCAGGGAUCUGGAGAUGUCCAGGAAAGUUCGGCGCUCUUACAGCCGCCUAGACGACCUAGGCUUGGGAUCCGGCUCCACCUCAACACCUAACUGCCACCGCCGCCGGUCUUUCUUUGGCUUUGAACGGCUACUCUCAGGGGAGGAGCUGGAAAAUGUCUCUCCUGUAGUGGAGAAGACCUUGACAACCCAAACAUUGGUCCCCUCUGCUGAGCCCUGGGGACCAGACUCUGCCCUCCCUGGCAUCACCAUAACCAAGGAGAAGCGUCGGAAGAGGAAGGUCCCUGAGAUCUUGAAGUCAGAGCUGGACGAAUGGGCUGCUGCCAUGAACGCCCAGUUUGAGGCCGCUGAGAAGUUCGAUCUCCUGGUGGAGUGAGAUAGAUGAGAGGAGAUCUCCCAAAGCACUGGACUGCCCCCUCCCUGAAUAUAGUUUGGCCUCCUCCCCCCUCUGCUAGGAGCCUGGACUGGCGGUGGUGGUUUGCCCCUCGGCCGCCUUGGCUCUCUGUGCCCCUUGGACUUGCCUUAUGGCAUGGAGCAGGAAUAUGAGCCUCAUUCCUCCCCCCACUGCUGGGGCCUGUCCACUGCUUGGGAACCUGGUUCCACAGCACCCUUGGGAUCAUCAGAACACCCCAAGUUCAGCUUGGGGGCUACCGAGAGCCUCUCUUCCAGUUUGUCUGUCUCAGCAUGAUGGGGGGCUUCACGGCAGCCUGCGUCCCAGCUGGCCAACCCUUGGGACUGAUGUGUGAAGAGAGGGAGGGCCCGUGGCUGCAGGCCCCCUCCCCUCUACCUGUGGAUCCUGGGGGAUCAGCCUCCUUUGGACCAUCCAGAUGUACAUUGUGUAGCUUUUGUUUCCUGUUAAGUGUUCUCUAAUUACAUUUUAAUCUGCCUUGUA